AUAUCUAUCUAUAUCUCUAUAUAUAUAACAUCCAUGCUGCGGUUAAUCCGUACAUCCAAACUUCAAUUUGACGCUUUUCUGAAUCUUCUUCGCUCCGGUUUCAAAGAUGACGAUGAAUGCAAUGCAGAUUCGUACUGUCGUAGGCAUAAUUGGGAAUGUCAUCUCUUUCGUCUUGUUCAUCUCACCAGCGCCUACAAUAUGGAGAAUCUUCAGGAACAAAUCAGUCGAAGAGUUUUUACCAGACCCUUAUAUAGCUUGUGUAUUAAACUGUAUGUUGUGGAUCUUCUAUGGUCUGCCGUUUAAUCAUCCCAACAGUACGCUUGUCGUCACUAUUAAUGGCACUGGUCUAGUGUUGGAGCUCAUCUAUCUUAGUAUAUUCCUCAUAUAUGGCAAAAAUUCACACAGGAAGAAGAUCACACUCUUUUUAAUUAUCGAGGUCGUCUUCCUUGGAAUUGUCGCGGGUAUUGAUUUGAAUGUAUUCCACACUCAUAAGUCUCGGUCCACUUUCGUGGGCGUGUUUUGUGUGGUGUUUGGUGUCGCCAUGUACGCGUCUCCUUUAACUAUCAUGUGGAAAGUGAUCAAAACAAAGAGUGUUGAGUUCAUGCCAUUACCACUUUCAAUAGCUGCUUUCUCGAAUGGAUGCUGCUGGACAGCAUAUGCUCUCCUAAAAUUUGAUUUAGCCAUUUUGAUUGCAAAUGGUACUGGUGCGGUUCUUGGGUUGAUACAGAUCGUUUUAUGGUUAUCUUACUAUGGAACAACUCCAAAGAAGAGCAAAACUUCUCGUGCCGCUGCUGCAGAUCCUGAGGUGCAGCUCCAAAAUGUAUAGAAAUUUACAUUUGCCUGUUGCGUUGGUAUAAAUGUGAAGUUAGGUUUUCUUGGUUUUUUUCAUAGUUGGUUUGAGUUAGGCUUGAGAUUCUGUCCAUUUUCUGUUGGAUUCUUGUUUUGGUCAUUGACAUUUGAAUUGUUUUUAGAUUUUUUUAGUUUCAUGAA